UUGCUCUGUCUUCAUUUUCUCUUUCUUCAAUGUCUUUUCUGCAUAUCUAAAACAAAAACGGUUCAGGUUUUUUGUACUUUUGAGUGUAGAGUUGGAUUGACUCAGAGAGUGGAGAGGAAGAUUGAAGACCCACCUGCCGUCUCUAUAUUGUUGAAGAGUUGGUGAGGUUGCAGGUUGAAGUAGAAGCAUCAGAAGAGUGCCAUCGCUGUGUUUUCCCCCCAAAACCUUUUCUGCACACUGUGGCAGAAUACAGAACCAGGCAGCAAAUACAGAAAGCUUGUACUUUCAGAAACAUGAUCUUUUCUACCAUGCCUUUGAAAAUCUCUUGUGCCAAGCAGCCGACGUAUGUGUCUUCCAGCCACCAGAUGGCUCUACCCAGCCCCAACCACACCACCAGCAGCAGCAGUAACGGCAGCCUGAGCGCAGAGCAGCUGAGCAAAACUAACCUCUACAUCCGCGGCCUCCACCCGGGAACCACAGACCAGGACCUGGUCAAACUGUGUCAGCCGUAUGGGAAGAUUGUGUCCACUAAAGCCAUCCUGGACAAGACCACCAACAAAUGCAAAGGCUAUGGCUUUGUUGACUUUGACAGUCCGUCCGCGGCACAGAAAGCAGUGACCGCACUGAAAGCUGGUGGAGUCCAGGCUCAGAUGGCUAAGCAACAGGAGCAGGACCCCACUAACCUGUACAUCUCCAACCUGCCUGUGUCCAUGGAUGAGCAGGAGCUGGAGAACAUGCUGAAGCCCUUCAGUCAGGUCAUCUCUACACGCAUCCUCAGAGAUGCCAACGGCACCAGCAGAGGAGUGGGCUUUGCCAGGAUGGAGUCAACAGAGAAAUGUGAGACUAUCAUUCAACAUUUCAAUGGCAAAUAUAUCAAGACUCCACCUGGAGUACCAGUGCCCUUGGAACCCCUGUUAUGUAAGUUUGCAGAUGGAGGACAGAAAAAGAGACAGAGCCAGGGAAAGUACCUGCAGAAUGGCCGUCCCUGGACAACAGAUGGGGAAACGGGAGGAAUGACACUGACCUAUGACCCCACCACAGCCUUACAGAACGGGUUCUACUCAUCUCCCUACAGUAUGGCCCCUAACAGAAUGAUAGCUCAGACAUCCCUCGCCCCCUACAUGCACUCUCCUGUUAAUACCUACCAGAUCCACAGUCCACAGUCCUGGAUGCAUCAUCAUCAGUCGUACCUCAUGCAGCCCUCAGGCCAAGUCCUGACGCCGGGCAUGGACCACACCAUGUCUAUCCAACCAACCCCUAUGAUGGGGCCUCUCACACAGCAGCUCAGCCACCUCUCUAUGGGCAGCAGUGGCACGUAUAUGCCUGCAAACACAUCUAUGCAAGGGACCUACAUCCCCCAGUACACCCAAGUGCCUCAGACCACUGUUUCAGUCGAGGAUAGUGCCAUCCAACAACAGGUUUCCAUGGAGACUCCCACAGAACACACAGGUUACUCCUAUCAGCUUAGAAAGUGAAGAGGAGGGACAGGUGGGUUAUACUAGAGUCUAUUUCUUGGGGCCACCUGCGGUCCGUACAGCUCAGCUUAGUGGAUAGUGACUCUGGACAGAAGCACCAGACAGUCACACUAAGGACAAAAGGAUAUUUAAAAAUCAGAGGUUAUGGCAAACUCUUGAAUACAGAUGAAUGGAUACUGUGAAAACGAACAGAACACGGAGCAUCUAUUUUGACCACAGAACAUGUCGAAGAAAGAAACACACACAUGAUUUUUUUUGUGCACAUAUUAACAAAUUAUUUUCCUAAAUAUUCUGGGGAGCCAGAAUGAAAUCAGGAACAUAAAGUUACAACAACAUGUGUUGUCGAUUAGCUGUACUUUUUUUGUAAAAUAUGCUGAUUUCGUUUUUCAUUUCAUCAUCUGUUGUUUGUAAGCUUUUUUGGUAUAGAUUCAAAGUCACUAAUCAAAGAUUUGUUUUCUUAAUUUCACAAUGCCAUUGUUGUUUUUGUUCACUUCACGUGUUUUUAAUGUUUGACGAGAGAAGGCUGAACCAACUGCUUAAGUUACUUAGAUCAUAGACGGUGUCAUAUUUGGUACUAUCAACUCAGAUACGUUUUUUAGCACUUGGGUCCCUAGUUGAAAUUCUCACAAUAAUUCUCAGAAUCUAAAUAGAUAUUUAGAAAUAAAGCUUAAGACAAUCAAACAUUGAAUUGAUUAUUUCCUGAUUCUGGCCAAUUAUAAUAAAAUCAUACAGGGAAUAAAAAAUAUAUGCAUGAUUAAAUUUGACAUGAAAUACAUUUAGUUGCUGGUUAUAUUUGGGGAAUUUAAUCCUAUAUUGCUCCAAUACCAACCAACAACAUAAAUAAGUCUUUACAUUUGGUUUUAGUGGGUUAAGCUGCUACCCUUUAAACAGACCCAUAGUUGUUAGGAGUUUACAUUAUUGAGUGUUGCGCUAGUAGUUUAGUAAAUUAGAGAUCCUAAACCUAUGGCCAGUAGGCUACUGAGAUGCAUUGCUGUGUCUUUUUGCUCCCACAACGCUACUUUCUCUCUGUCUGUUUAUAGAUGCCUCUGUUUUUGUUUAUUUGGUUUUGAUUCCGAGUGACUGUUUUUUUAUUUAAAGAACGUUUGUGAGAUUUUUUUAUUCGAUUUAAUACUUUUCAGAUUGAUACAUUUAAUUGGUAGCGUGCAUUGAGUAGUUACAUGUUUCUAUGGACAAGUAGAUUUGUUUUUGAAAGAUUUGUCUUUUUCUUUUGAAAUAAUGUCUGUCAUUACGGUCAUUUUUCUUUUUCUCAAUCUCUGUUUUAAUUUUCAAACACAUGGAAAAUGCUCUAAAUGUUUGAGAGAUUUCAAAAUCAGUCUGUGUCAUCAGUUUUGGCACGUCCACCAUUUAAAGAGGUGUGCUCAACUGCUCAUCACUCCAAGAUAAUUACGGGCUCUUUUCAAUCCCAAUUGAAAUUUAAAGGCAAUGUUCCCGCAUUGGUCGGAGACCGCAUUCACGGUAAACGCUGCAUAUGUCGGCUCAAUUGGAAAUUACCUUUAAAUGUCUAUUGCGCAAUCCGUAACAGUUCAGCUUUACAGACUGAAUCGAGCUCUAAGUGUAAUACCUCUUAGAAAUGUGUCCUAUGUGGUAGAGUAGUCACUAAGUCAGUGGUUAGGGAAUGCAGUGUGAAAAGUAACAUUACCUCCUACGCAACAAGAGCAAUGUAAAGUCAGCUGAGUGUUAGUGUGCAAGAUUCAGAGACGUUUUCUAAGCUCAUAACUUCUAUGGUUCUCCAGGCUGUCCCGCACAGUCACAGCGGGUACUGUCUCCAUAGCUUCGCUCUUCCGUAAAACGUUCGCAAACCAGGCCUAAAUCCCAGAUCAAACAUCCAAUCAGACUGUUUUGUUUCUUAAAAUGGCCAGUGAUCUAUGCAACAACAACAAAAUUUAACUCCACAAUAAUGCAAUACUUACGCUGUCGAUGAAUUUCAGAACUUUUUCUUUUUCAGGUGACAACAGUAGUGACUUUUGAAACGUAGCAUUCUGCUAUUGGUGUCUUUCAUUUCAGUUCAUCCAAAACGUUUAGUUGUAAGAUUAUACGCCUCAUUGUUCAUCUAAUGACAGUGAGAUCGCUGCAUAGAAGAGAAUAUCUGUAUAUGCUCUACAGGCUAUCUACUAACCCUAACCAUGUUUUCAUGUACAGCAUGGUUCAUGAGGUUGGAGAAAAUUCACUCGGCUAUCUUGCUGAAGGCAUCACACCAUGUCCUAAAAAUGGGAUAGUGACUACCUUGUCCAUCCAGACACAGUCCUUAUUGUUGGUCAACCGAAAUAUUGGUUGUAGAUUUUUUUUUACCAAAGACGACAUCCGGUAGACAUUUCUAAGUGAUCAAUGCUUGGUUUAGAAUACCUCUGUAGUUCUUUCUUUUUCCUUGAUUUGUGACUGUACAUGAAAAGGUUUGUUGACACUAGUAAUAAGCUUUAUGAAUUAAUUUGUGGUAGGAAGAAUAUCAGAAAUGCCUUAUAGAUUUCAUCAAGAGGAUUUAAAAGGGUGCUACACACUAAAUUGCUAUCUGGAAACAUUCAUGCACUGUCUGCAAAUAGUUUGAUAUAACAGGAAUUAUUUUCUUGUAAGAUUUACUCCCAUGUAGUAUCAGUCUUAGGAAACCACAAUUUAAUGUUUGUUACACUCAUUUGAGGCCAUAAUCAUUCCAGAUUUUUGUUUAAAUCAAAAAUAUUCAGCAUUAGUUUGCGAUGUCAGAAUGCCCUUUGCCGUAGUUCAAUCAUUUACCAUGAAGUCCACUUGAAACAUCUUGCUGCUAAUUUAGGAUUUUAAAGGUUGCGUAGGAGUGGGCUCUACAGCGUUGUCUUUCAUUGUACAAUGCCAACUAGAGGGAGAAAAUAUUAGUUGAAGCUCCGUCCAGCAAUAAGUCAUCCACGUCAUGUAAGGAACUGUCAGACAGGUUAAAAGGAACACAUUUCAUAGUCAUUGGCUCACAGCCUUACUAUCCCCUGGCUUUAUCAAGUCCAAUCUUAUUCACUUUUGUCAAUGGUUAAUUUGUCCUUAUGUGCCACACUAGCAGGUCUAUGGCUGUUUAAACAGGCAGCUCAAUUCUGCUCUUUUUCUAAUUGGGAUGCCUGUGAAAACACAGCCUAAACAUUCCCCUUUCUAGACUAACAGCUUUUCAAAAUAUUUUUUGGGGUUUGCUGUUGUUUUUGAACUAGGUCAUUUUUUUUUAUUAAAAGGAAUCCAGUUUUUUUUAA